CCUAUCGUUAUCGCUGAACACACUAUCGUUGAUGAUCCUGCUGAAUAAGGUGUACUAUGGGUAUUCUGUUGCUUUCAAUUCUGUUUGCCGUGGCAGCUAGCGGCGAACUAGUGCGGUACGAUAAUUAUCGUCUAUACCGCGUUGAAAUCGACACAUCGGGGCAGCUUCAAUCAUUGCAGCAACUAGAGCUCUAUCCGGAUGGUUUUAUAUUCCUGGACUCGCCGGUACAUGUGCAUAAAAAUGUAAGCCUUCUUGUGCCACCAAAUAAGUUAGCGGAUUACGAACAACUGGUGCAGAAACUAGAACUGCGUUCGGAAUCGAUAUCGAAUAACUUUCAAGCCAUUCUUGAUGCAGAAAAUCCACCUAGAAAACAUCGAAGCCAAACGGAUGGAUUUGGUUGGGAUGAAUAUCAAACACUCGAGGAUAUCUAUUUAUGGCUCGAUAGUCUAGUCGUUCAAUAUCCGUCAAUACUGUCCAUACAAAGUAUCGGAAAAUCGUACGAGGGACGGGAUAUGCAGCUCGUGAAACUGUCGCACCAAUCGGGUAAUCCUGGGAUCUUUAUUGAGGCAAACAUUCACGCACGCGAGUGGAUUACUUCAGCCACCGCUACAUGGUUGCUGAAUGAACUUCUCUCCUCGCAGGACCCGGAUGUGCAGGAUCUAGCGACCAAUUAUGACUGGUAUAUACUUCCGAUCGCCAAUCCCGAUGGUUUCCACUACACGAAAACAACCAACAGAUUAUGGCGCAAAAACCGUAAACCACAAAAUGUGCUUUGUGCAGGAACGGAUCUGAAUCGCAAUUUCCCGUACCACUGGAUGGAGGGAGGAGCCUCACAGGUACCGUGCAACGACAUCUACGCCGGGCCGCAACCCGCCUCCGAGAUUGAGACCCAAAACACCAUAGCAUUCUACGAGACGAUCGUUGACAAGAUCGAACUGCAUCUGCAGUUCCAUUCCUACGGGUAGUAUAUACUGCUUCCCUACGGUUAUCAGGAUGCCGGCUAUCCGGAUAAUUACAGUGACCAGAUGGCUAUUGCUAAGGCUGCCGCAAGUGGAUUUGCAUCACGCUACAAUACCCAAUACACGUUCGGUACCAUCGCCGACGUCCUUUAUGUUGACUCCGGCGCUACGACGGAUUGGACACACGGCUAUCACAAAACUCCUCUUUCGAUGUGUUUCGAGUUCCGCGAUAAUGGCCCCUACGGAUUCGUGCUGCCGGCAGAUCAGAUAAUUCCCAACUCGGAGGAAACACUGGACGCUCUGAUAGCGAUGAUAGCAAAAGCGAAAACAAUGGGAUACUUGCAGCGACAGCAGAAGUGAGCGCCCGAUGCCAGGCUCAAUCAAUCACCAUAUUAUCAUUGCCCAUUAUCUUGUUUGUUGUACCUUGCUGAUUCUGAAGAUCAACCUUAAAUGCACGCAAACAAUUGAAAUGUGAUAAGGAUCAAUAAAACGUACUAGAGACUUCGUUAAGAUUUUCUCUGCGCACUGGCAGACAGUG